UAGGCACAGGUGUUAAGGAAAUUUAGGAAUUGGGAAAUACCGUACAAGGAAUUGUGUUAACGAUUGUGGCUGAGCGAGCACACGUUCUCAACACGACUGCCGUCCAAUUGUACUUCUCUUGGAUUUUUAACGCAAUAAUCUCGACUCCUCUUCAACGCAUGCGUACAGAACCAUUUAAAAAUGGCAUGUGCUGUUUACUUUUGGUUAGGAGAGGUGUGAAAUUACUCCGAAAAUUCAUUACUCAGGGUUAACCAGUCGCCAAUCUUAUCAAAUCUUGCACAGUAUGCAAUGGAGGCUCAAGAAGUUUACAAUAUACCAAUAACUGAACUUGUAACAGCUCCAUUCAGUAUUGAAUGGUCUGAGGACAAUCAGAUAUCUCUGUUAACCGAGCGAGGAGUUCACAUAUUCGAGUUGCAACCAAAUCCAUUAUGCCCCACACCAACUCCAAAAUUCCGGAGAUCUUUUUUAUGGGCCACUGACUACCUGCCAACAGCGAUAUUUUCGCCAAUAGUAGAAACCGUUGCCAAUAACUGUCAAAGAGAAGACAUGUACUCAUUGCUCCUCGAAGAAGCCAUCACGCCGCAUUUUCCAGAAAGAACUGAACACGUUCCCCGGAUAAUCCAAGUGGCAUGGUCCCCAGUGAAGCUGGUAGAUCCCUCAAAAUGUCUCCUCGCUACCAUCACUUCAGCAGGUGCCAUCGACACCACCUUCAAGGUGGGAGCAAACUGGUUCUCGGUCUCGAACCUCUCUCAAAUAUGGUUUGAGAUAAUCAAAGAGGAGUUGGACUUCAGCGUGGAGACCUGCAACCCUGAGGAAAUCACUGGGGACAUGUUCAAAUCGAAUUUGAGACGUCUCCAGGGGACGUCAGUAACCUGGAGUGAACUUUAUAAAGACUCUCAAGGCACAUUCUCCUACCUGACAACAGCCUGGCGCAGCUCUGAACUCGUCAUCUGGAGAAUAAAUAAAAUAACAGAACUUUCUAUGAGCGUCACACCAAUAAUGGUCUACAGAAAAAAAUUCCACGGGCACACGAGGAUCUCAAAAAUUCUCUGGAUAACCUUGAAACCUAAACAACAUUUAGCUGUCAUUGGAUUCUUCGACGGACGACUUUACGGUCUCCCAGUGAAUGACCAUGAAAACGAAUUAAGUGAUGGUUUAAUUAUCAAAUACGAAGAACAGCCUGACAGAAUGCCAAUCAACUUCAUCACCACAAGAGCGAAAACCACUGGAGGAAGGAUCAUUGCAUUUAAUAAAAAUAUUCAUUUUAUCCUCAUUGAUAUCAACGAAGAAGGAAAUAUCGUUGAGAAAAAAUACUUGAAGUUGCCGGGAUUUUGUAUCUCAGGUAUUUUGCUUCUAAAUAAUUCAGAGGCAAUGGUAUCGACCCAGAACGGCAGUCUUCACCACAUAAACCUGGACUCCACCCCACUAAAAAGAACUUUAAUAGGUCAUGACAUGAAAUACGUGAGGACUCAGUAUCUGGGACUGGCCAGAUCUCUCAGUGGUGCGACUUUCGUCAACGUCACAAGCCCCAGCACAGCCUACGAUCACUUGUGCAACCGAGAGCCCAGCAAUCUACAGUUCUUCAUCCUUAAAUCCCCAGAGUUCGAUCCCCUAUGCAGACUAGAAAAAAGUGAAUCGAACCUCCACGCCUAUUGGGACUGUCUCGAAAUGAUAAGGAUAAAGUCAGCAAAGGCAGAUGCUGACAAUCAAUACCCCAAAAUCCCACAGGAGCUCGACCAGUCGUUAUCAAUUCACCAGCUGCGCAUCAUAAUGUGGCUGACGUUGAUAACUGAAGUCGUUAAGAAAAAAAAGUUGAUUAGAAAAAUUGAUAAUGUGGUGGGAGAGAUUUCUGAGGCCCAGCCCCUGAUUUUUGUUUACACACUCUCGGAGCAUAUGAUUAAAUUGGCAAAGAAGAAAGUACUGAGUGACAAUCAACGUUUGAGUAUUCAUUUUUUGAGGCUUUAUCUGGAGGUUUUUCUCGCUGGAGAGGAGGAUGAAAGUAAUCAAAAUAAUAAAGCGAUAAGACAUGCCAAGGAUGCGAUGGAUGUGACGUCCAAUAUGGAGCUCAUUGAGACUGAAACAUGUAAUUUGUGUGGGGAGAUUGUCACGGAACUCCCCUGGAAUAUCUCCAGCUGUCCCAGGGGACAUCAGCUGCCUCGUUGUGCUCUCACACUCUUGCAGAUCACUUCGCUGAAAUACAGGAGUUGCCCAGUCUGUGGGAGGAUAUUUCAUCCUACGUUGGACGAUGAGUACGAGGAGAUAAAGUGUCUUUACUGUGAUGUUCCUGUGAUUUUUGAUGCCAGAGUUCUGGGCAUUUAUGAUGAGGUGGAAAAAAGUAAAAAUCUAUCGGCUAGACCUAUCUGGGAUAUUCCAAUUUAUAAGAGAUUUGAGGGGGAGACUGGGGAAAAGGAGAAAGGGAAUGAGGGGAGGCAAGAGGGUGUGAGAUUGAAAAAAAAAAUAGUGGAGACACCGCAGCCUCUUGUUAUCAAUGAUAAGGACCAGGGGGGCCUCAAAAAGGCCGGGGAGGAUGUACAAAUGGCUGAAUAAACAAUUUUUCUAGUUGCCCACUA